AUGGCCUCCUCAUCACCAAACAAGCGAUCUGAAUUGGACAGCAAUAGUGCGGAAAGUCAUGUUGCUGCCAAAAACGAUCCUAUCCACAUCGACCGCAACGGUAAUCUCCAGCUCAUCGUCGGCCCAGACGCGGUGAAAAUGCAAGUCGACGCCAAUGCGCUCCGGCGCGCUUCGAAAGUCUUCAACCGCAUGCUGUUUGGCCCGUUCAGUGAGUCACACCAGACGGAAGAGUGGACUGUCGAGCUCCCCGAGGACGACCCAGAGCCUCUGAGAGUCAUUUUCCAUGCCGCACAUGGCAAUUUCGGAAGAGUUCCACAGCGGUUAAAGGUCGCCGACCUUUACGACGUCACGGUUAUGGCGGAUAAACUUUGCAACCACUACUAG